GUAACGGAAGCAGCGAGAUUGCUAGGCAUCGUGAACGGGUGCUCGACGUUUCGUUCUCAAUAAUAAACAUUAUUUUACACACUUUUCGUGUUAUAUUUCCUCUAAAAUAUCGUUGAUGCAUUUAACGACAAUAUAGGUUUUAUUUUUAGCAAAUGGACGAGACAUGUAAGGUGAUCUGUUCCUGAACCUCAGGUAGACGCUGAUCCACUGAGGCAAAUGUGCUGACACAGAGCAUGAAGAAAAUAUUCAAUUUCAAGAAAAAGAGGGGCUCCCCCAGCCCAUCUGAGACAGGGAGCGUGUUGUCAGCCAGCUAUGAUGUGAAGGAGAAGGACCUUGGGAAGGUGCACAAGGCUGCGUGCAGUGGAGAUGUGGCCAAACUCAGACAGCUGGCCAAAAAGAAUGAUUUGAAUCAGCUGGAUAAGGAAAACAGAACUGCGCUGCAUAUCGCUUGCGCCUGUGGACACGCAGAUGUGGUUCAGUUUUUGGUGGAGAGCAAAGUGAAGCUAAACUUAUGUGACAAUCAGAACCGCUCCGCCUUAAUGAAGGCAGUUCAGUGUGAGCAGGAGCGUUGUGUGUCUUUGCUCCUAGAGCACGAGGCUGACCCCAAUCUAGUGGACAUCAAUGGAAACACGGCACUGCACCUGGCCGCCCGCAUCCCCUCCCUCCCUUUGGCACUGCAGCUCUUAGAGUACGCGGCCAACAUUAAUGCCCAGAACAAGGAUGGCAACACUCCUCUGAUGCUAGCUCUGAUGGAAAACCACCCAGACAUGACAGAGCUUUUACUGAAAGAGGGAGCAGACGUUAAUGUGAAGAACCAGGAGCAACGGUCUGGAUUGAUGAUAGCAGCAUGCAAUGGACAAAUCAGUUUGGUGCGAUUGCUCCUGCAAUAUGAUGCUGACAUCACUGUGAAAGACGAUAAGGGAUGGUCUUCUGACGAUUAUGCAGUCAUGAAUGGACACCAUGCCUGUUCACAUCUGAUCAUCGAGCAUGGAACAAAGAGAAAAUCUCUGCAGUCUCCAUACCAUUUAACUGCCGACAAAAAGAAACAGCCGUCCAUUCUGGGGAGUCCCAGCGGUUUUGGGGCCGGUUUGCCUCUGGGAGGGCCAGCUCUGGAUGAAGAUGCAGGAGGGAGCUCUGCAGCAGCAGGGAAAGAUACCGAGGACAAUUCCCACACAAACUCCAUUAGCAGGGCAUCAAAAAGUGGUGCUGCUGAUUCCUGGCCUUCAUCGGAUGAAGAUGAGUUAGAUUUGAGUCCAAAGAAACCGAAAGUGAACUUAAAGAAACUUAUAAGCACCUCCAAAAGGGAAAAUAUAGAGGUCAUAGCCAAUAGGAAUGCAGACAAAUCCUGGAGUGGAUCAGAGUCCGAGCCAGACAGUGAAGGCGAGACUGCAAAGUGCCCACCUCUAUCCAGACCCCUCCCCUUCAGCAGCACCUCCACCCAGCCCCCUGUAGCACCCUCACCUGCCUCUUUACCCUACUCACCCCAGAUGAGCACCACCCCCUUCAGCAGCACCCUUAAGGAGGAAGCCUCCACAGAAGACGAAGAGGAGGAUGGAGAAGAAGAAGAGGAGGAUGAGAAGAAAGGACUAGAAAAAAUGUGCGCUAAAGGUCCUCAACACGGAAGAACUUCAAAAGGAAAUAAAAGGGAUUUCCUUUCAGAGUUAGGCCUUGAGAAGAAAGAUGAAAAUGACGAUUCCCCUUGGGACUCAGAGUCUGGUUCUGAGAGCCCAAGGAAAAAACAACACAGUAGUCCACACACUCCUGCCAAAUCACAUAGAUCCAUGACCAGUAUUUAUGAGGAGAACCUUGAAGACUUGUUAUACGUUCCCUCCUUCGUAAGAGGAGGUAGGAACGUUAAUGUAUUGAGAAGUUUAGGCCAGUCUGGAAGCUGCAGGUCGAUGGUUUUAAGAAAUGAUGAGGAGGAUGAGAAAAAGAAGGAAAUAGAAAUACCGCCCAAAGUGAUUAAAAGGGAGCCAGUGUCUGUACUUAGUAAGCUGAUGGAUUUAAAGGAAGCUGAUAAGAAAACAGACCUGAUGGAAGAACUUGGUUUGGGAGAUGCUGAUGAUCUUGAAGCAAAGCGUCAAUGCCCUUCAGAUGCCUCUGAUUGGGACUCUGCCAGCACCACCAGUAAGGCCAGUAAGAACUUUCCAGUUUAUAAGCCGGAGGAGGAACCCCUCUAUGAAAACCCAGCUGCUCCUACGCUACCUAUCACGCCCCAGGAGCAUGACAUGGACACCAGGGAACAUAAAGAAGCCAGCCCAGAGAAAAGCAAACCAACAACCUCAACCACACCACCUCUACCUAGUCCACGAUCUCUAAACCCAAAUACCAGCUCAAAGCUGCGACCACUGCCACGACUGCACCUGGACUCAAACCAAAGACCAGAAAGUGAAGAAUCAGACUGGGAUACUGACACCUCCAGUCCAGCCAAGAUAAAAACUUCACUGCCAAACAUCGCUGAGCCUGUUGCAGUUCCUCCACAAAAACCAACAGCAGAUGAAAUUGAUGGUGACAGGAGCUUUGACGAACAUGCUGAUCAGGCAAGAGAGGCAUUACAAGCAUCUUCUUUAGAUGUAAGUAGCCCAUAUAACCAUGACCCGUUGGAGCUCCCACCCUCCCCUGAAGAUGAGGUGAGGAGAGAUGGGGAGAAUGAGGAGAACACUAGUGUGAUUCCCUGGGAGGAACGUUAUGAGAAGAUUUGGGUGGAGAAGGAAAAGAAGGAGACCAAAUCCCAAUACAGAAAUGUAGCUGCUGAACUUAAGGAGAGAUUUGGAGAACUGGAGCACAAGGAACCAGGUGACCAUUCGGAGCAGGAACGAACAGAAGGACAAGAUGAUGGAGAGGAAGAGGUGGAAGUUCCAGAAGAAAAGGAGGCAGAUAAUGAAGACUCAAGUGAGGAAGAGGGGGAGUCAAUAGUGCUUCCCAUGUCCCGAGCGAGAAAUGCCGUACUUUUGCCCAUUCCUGAGCAGAGAGAGUCAGGUUUGGAGGACUCGCAGUCCGAGGAAACACCAGACCUUCAUCAAGAUAAACUUCCAAAGGGUCAAUACGUCCAAGAACCAAUUAGGGAUGAGGCCCAUCAGCCAGAGAACCAAGCAGACACCUCAGAUGACAAUCAGGGAAAUUUCUUCACUUGUAGCGGAAGCAAAGAAACUUCUGGCGAUGCUGGUAGGAGCCACCCAGAAUCUGGAAGUGACUUAGAUGUAGUACCUGAAGAAGUCAAGGCUUAUGGAGGUCCAUUGCUUGAUGCUAGUCAACAGGUCCCACCUAAAAUUCUGGAAGUGCCCUCUUCCAACUCUGAUGAGGUUGAGGAGGGCCUGUCGAAGUCCAGACAUGAGAGUGAAAAAGAAAAGGCCAAUAAUAUGAGGGGAGACCACCAAAGCAGUGCUUUCUGGGAUUCUGGAGAAUCCAGAGAACAAGCCGAACUUGACCAAGGAAAAGGAAGGAAAAUUGACACCAACUUUGGCAACCCAAAACCUCAACAGGAAGGGAUGGCUGACGGCAGAUCUUUGGGAAGAGAGGGUAGUGUUUCACCAAGACAGCUGACAAGAAGUCCAAGAAGCACUGACAGUGUGCCAGCACAUGGCGAGGAAGAUGAGGAGGAAAAGAAAACUGUUUGUAGCCAAGCGAGAAAUCUCCAUGUAGUUCCCCCCCAGCAGAACAAACCCUCACGACUUGCAGUCCGCCAUAAUGGAGACCUCGAGUCUGUCUUUGACGACAGUACUUUAAGUGAGCUGUCAGAGGAGGACAGGAGGUCUCCAUCUUCAAGGCGUAAGAAAGAGCAGACUGCUGGGGAGCUGGAGAUGGCAGAUGAUUUUGAAGAUCUCACCCAAUCUUCUGACACAGCCACAGAAGAGAUGGACACUCCAGUGUCUGGAUUCCGCAACGCUUCUCUGCUCUUCAAACAGCUCGACUCAAGUUAUCUCGACUCUGUAAGUGUUGUGAAGCUACAGAACAUGUUUCAUGAGUACGAACGCACCAUCCAGAGAGAGAGAGACAGACACAGCCGUCUGGCUGACAAGACCUCUCAACUGGAGCAGGAACGCAAUGAGCUGAAGAUCCUGCUGGAUGAGAUCAGAGGCAGCAAGUCCAGCCUAGAACAUCUCAAACUGGAGCUAGAGACAGACAUGAACAAUCUCAAGUUCCUGCUGAGACAAGAGCAGGAGAAGCAUCAGAGUGCUUUGAUGCUGUACAAUAAAACCCGUGAGCAGCUUCAGAGGAAAGAGGAACAGCAGCGGGCCGAAGCCGAGGAGAGACAUAAAGCUGAGCUAAGAGUACGGAGUCUGGAACUGGAGAUCAGAGCUCUGAAGAACAGCAUCAAACAGCUGGAGGAGGACAGAGAUGAGUCUCGGCGUCUCCUGUCGCAUGAGCGCAGCGCUCGCGCUCUACAAGAGGAACUACUCAACAACCACCUGCGCAAGCAGCAGGACAUCGAGGAGGAAAACCUGCGAAAACUCAACAAAAGCAAUGAAGCCUUGUCCCAGCUAACCGAGGCUUCAGACCGCGAACGAGAGCUGCUGCAGCAAAAUCGCAGCCUUCAAGAUGAGCUGAACGGCGCUCGGGCAGAGCUGGACCGCUCUCAGUCUCAUUGCCGGCAGGAGGAGUCACGACUGGCUGAGGAGAGAGAUGCCCUAAGCGAGAGGCUUGAGGACGCUCACAGGGACCUGAAACAUAGCGAAGAGGCCUUGGCACAGACCGUGUUCCAGUUCAACGGGCAGCUGAGUGCGCUGAAGGCCGAAUGCUCAGUGAUCACAGCUAAACUGGAUCAUGAGAGGCAAGUGAGGCAGCAACUGGAGGCAGAGGCCGAGGUGAGCCGGGCACGACUGCAGGGAGCGCUACAGGAGGCCGAGAGAUGUCAGGCAUCACUUACAGAUGCAGAGCGCACACUUCAGCGAGUCCGUGAGGAACACCAGCGUGCACAGGAAAAGCACAUCUUCGAGUCCAACACCCAACGCGAUACCAUUCAGUCCCUCUCGCAGAAGCUUAGCAAGGCUGAGGCGCUCGCCAACAGCCUGGAGAACGAGUGUCACCGCAGCACCCUGGCCAUCGCGGAGAAAGGCGUCCUGUUGGAGACACUCACCCGGGAGAAAGACCAAGCCCUGGCCAAACUCAAAGAACUGGAGGCGGCGAUAUUGAGCGAACGCGAGCAGGCCAGCCGCGCCGGAACCAAACAGGAAGCCAUGCAGGAGAGACUUGAACAGGCUCAGAGUGAGGGUGCGCUGCUGCGACAACAGCUGGAGGAGGCGCUCAACAAGGGGUUGGCGAAGGACAAGGUCGUUACAGACGUGCACCAGAACUUCACUGAGAUGCUAAACCAGUUACGCUCGGACGGAGAGGAGAGAGUCCACCUGGUGGAGGAAAGAAGCAAAGAGCUGGCGAAGAUGAACGGCGAGCUGAGAGAGCAAAACUAUAAACUAGAGCAAGAGAAAGCUGAAAGAGAGAGUUCUCUGAGACAGCUCCAGCAGGAACUUGCCGACUGUCUCAAGAAGUUGUCCAUGUGUGAAGCCUCUCUGGAGGUCAAUAUGCGAUACCGUAACGACCUGGAGGAAGAGAAGACACGCACACUCAAAGACAUGGACAGACUGAAGGGGAAGCUCCGAGAGUCUGAGGAACAGUAUGUCCAGGCCGAGAGACGCAUCGGUAACCUAAAGAGCUCUCUAGAUGAAAAGGAGCGAGAGGCCUGCAGUACUGCUCAGAAACUAAAGGAGGCGCUAACUGCUUCUACCGGCAAAGAGCAAACAAUUAAACAGCUGGAGGAGGCGGUGCAGAGGUUAGAGAUUGAAAACGCCAGACUAGAGGCCACGGCAAAACAGCAGAACAAUCGCAUCGAGGUGCUGCAGAAGGGAGUACAGGAGGGUACUGUGCUAUCAGAUUCACCUGGAGAAGGGGUCAGAAAUCGUUUGGAAGAUCUCGUCUCAAACCUGCAGAGCAGUAAAAUGACUCUAGAAGAGCAGCUCAACCGAGAGGUGCAGAAGCAGAGUAUGCUAUCCCAUAAUGCCCAGGACUCGCAGGCGCUGUGGGAGGAGGAGCUAAAGGGCCGCUCACGACUGGGACUCCGCCUCUCUGAGCUGGAGAAAGAGAAAGGAGAACUGACCAAUCAGAUGGAGCUUGAGAAGAAAAAAGCCAAAAAGCUGUUAGAGCAGAAGAAGUCAGUGGACACUCGACUGGAGCAGGAGAUGCAGAGAAACACUGACCUUCAGAAAGAAAUGUACAGGUUAAAGACUCUGGUAAAGACAGCUAAGAAGCAGCUGCGUGAACAGGGUGCGGGACAGCUGGACUCUACACUGGGCAGCUUCAGAGGAGACGUGAGUCACAGACUGGAGACAGAGAGUGCUGUCAGCCGAAUGAAGACUAAGGUGGAUGAACUUCAGUCUCAGUAUGAGCGGGAGGUGUCACGUUGCGCCCGUCUGGAGGAGGUAAACCGACAGCUGAAGGAGAAACUGGCGUCUGCAAAGAGCCUGAGCCGCAGUCAUGAGCAGCUGGAGCGCAGUAAUAGGCAGCUGGAGGAGGAGCUGGCCCGUCUGCGCAGACAGCUUGAGUCUGGUGUGAUGGAUCAGAGUCAGGCCGAGCAGUACCGCCGUGAGACAGAGGAGAGAGCGCGACAGGAGAUCAGACACAAACUGGAGGAGGUCAACCUCUUCCUGCAGACGCAGGCUGCAUCACAGGAAGCUCUGGAGCAGAUGAAAGCUGCUAACGAGGCGAGUAAGCGCACUCAGCUGGAACAGUGCAUCAGAGAUCUGGAAGGUGAACUCAGUCGUCUGCGCAGCGUUCAGCAGGACAGUCUGGUGCAGAGAGACUCCAGCCGCACUGAACUGGAACGCUACAAGCAACUGUACAGUGAAGAACUGCGUCUCAGGAAGAGUCUGGCCUCUAAACUAGAGAGGUCUAAUGAGCGGUUAGCAGAGGCCAACACUAAACUCCUGAGUGAAAGACAGCGCAGUAAAUCUCUGCUCACCAGCAGUAUAGUGAACGGCGGUUUAGGAGGUCCCGCUCUGGAUGUGGCAUCUCUGGGUACUGUGGGGGCAUACGGUGCCUCUCUAGGCCCACUGAAUAGGAGUCUGGGUCUUGCAUCCCCUCUGCUGGGUGCAGUAGGGGAAUCGCAGAGCAGCCGUGUAGAAGCCUACCUGGCAAAGAUGCAGACAGAGCUGGAGAAAAAUAUAUCAAAAGAGUUGGACUAUGGAGAGACGGAAGGAGGUUCUGCGCGUCUGUCUCCAGUGGGCUCGGCCUCUGGUUCUCAGAACUUAAACCUUAACUUGACCAUGGAACAGCAGGAUCCAGUGAGCAGAGCCACUCAGCAGUACCUGCAGGUGCUCAAGAAGAACUACAUGAUCUGACUCAGGGUCAGUCCAGACACUGUGAGCCCAAUGAACAUGGUAACUGACUUCAAACCCAUUCAACACCAACUAUAAAAUUCAUUGUCCUCUCAUUGGUGUCAAAAAAAUCACAUUAGUUUCUGUUUACUGAACGGUUCAUGAAAGUUGUUGUUAUGCUAUCAGAACUUCACCUAAAAUGAUAAAGGAAUAUUUCACCAAAAAAAUAAAAAUAAAAUUCUGCCAUCAUUUACUCACUCUCAUGUCGGUCCAAACCUGUAUGAUUUUUCUUCUUCCAUAGAACACAAAAGGGGAUGUUUAGCAGAAUGUUUGAACUGCAGAAUUUUCAGAAAAUACUGAUUUCAUUCAGAUUACACUUUUUUUUAUUUUAUUUUUUUGCAACAUGAAAGGGAAGCCUGUAAUCAGUGUAAUCAAGGCAUAUUACAAUGUUUUGUUUUUUGAAAAAAAAAAUAAAAUCUGGAGCAUGUUCAGACAAAAUUCUCAUUACCGCAACACACAAAACCCUGCCAAAAAUCUGAGAAGCUGAGUAAUGCUCUAAACAAUAUGAAUCAUAACUCACCAAAUUUAUUUACAAAUAAACUAUUUAUCUCAUUACCGAAACACACCAACCAAAUUUGCACCUUGUUUUUGUUUUAUAUUUUUCAGAUUAAUCUAAAAAAAAUUAUAACAAGAUGUCUAAUGAUUGAUCUUAGAAUAAAUGGUCAGAUUUUGCAUUUAAUAAUUAUUAACAUUUUCUUCUAUGUCGAAUUUAUAAAGGUUUCAGUAAUGAUAAGUUGCGGUAAUGAGAAUUAUUUGCCUGCUCUUUUUUCAUACAAUGAAAAUGAAUGUAGACAAGUGCUGUCAAGCUAUUAAAGUAGUCCAGACAACUCAUGUGUGCUAUGGUGGUGAAAGGUAAAAUUUUCAGUGAAUAACGACUUAAAUUUCAGUCUUCACACACAUUUUCAUGUCGCUUUUAUAGUAAUUUUAUGUCAUUUUUGGAACUAUCCUUUAGUGUUCCAUGAAAAAAAUGAUGACAGAAUUUUUAUUUUUUGGUGAUAUUUUUGGGUUUGUUUCACAUAUUACAUAACUCUAGAGCACUAAUAUUCAUACCAAUGGUCUUUACGCAGAAUGGUUUCUGCUGGUCCGAAACUGUGCGGCCUGGGAAUAAUCUGUCAUUUUAUAAACACCGAAGGUUUGUUGAGUAAAAAUGAGUGUAAUAUAUUAUUUUUGCAGUCUGAACCAAGUUCCAAGUGCACAACUUUUGCUUUACUGCUACAAAAAUGACACAAAAUCACCAAAAGGGCCAAAGUUUCAACACUGCCAAUAAAACCAGUUUCUACAUUUUUCAUCAAGUAUAAAGUGACAAAGCACUUUGUGCGCAAGAGCAAAUGAACUGUAUUUUUAAAAUUGUUCUGUAUUUGUUGAAGUAAUGUGGUCACCAUCAAUGAGGUUUAAAGGUACGUGUGCAGCGUUCCCCUAUGAAAUAUUUCAUGCUGUUAAGCUCAGUGGUGUUUUACUACAUGUGCGUUUUAGUUUACAAUGUAUAUAUUUUGGCUGUUUUUGUUGCCAGUGCAUAUUAUGACAAACUGUUAAACUUGUACCGUUAAUAUUAUUGCCAAGUAAUAAUGGUACAUCGUACACUACUGUGCAAUAUAUUCGUUUUAAUUUCAAAUGACGAAACUCUCAUUUUGAGAUGUUGUUUUUUGGGGGGAAACAAAAAAGUAUUCUUUUCAAGAAUACUUGACAAAGUCACCACUUUGCUGUGCUCAGGACGAUUUGUUUCGCUGUUUGGGUGAAUUUCACGAAGAAAUGUCUGUGUCAGAUACUUUGCACAUAGAAAAUGAAGCCUAUUUUUAUGCAUUGCAACAUGAUUUUUAUGACAAUUAAGCACAUUUCCCCCUCCAUUUUUCUGUAAUACAAAAUUCCAUUACUGUUAGUUGAAACAAAAUCAUUUAAAAUUUAAAGAAUAUUUGUAAAGUACAAUUGUAAAGAUACAUUUGUUGUACUGAACUGAAUUUACUCUGAUUUGAAUUAGUAAAUUAUUUUAAUGAGGUCUUUUCACAUUAAUGGCAUUUCAUAUUAUGGAAACUGGGAGGUGGAAUGGUGCUUAAAAAACUUUAAAAAAUUGGUAAUACAUUUUAUAUUUCAUAAAGAAACUUACUGCAGUGCAAAACAAAAUAAUAUUUAAAAUUUAAAGAAUAUUUGUAAAGUACAAUUGUAAAUAUACAUUUGAUGUACUGAAUUUAAUUUAUGCUGAUUUUAAUUAUUCAGUUAUUUCAAUAAGUGAGAUUAAAUGUUUUGCAUUACAAUGGUUUUCUUUAUGCAAAAUACAAUUUAUUACUAAUGUUUGGGGGAAAUAAACCCAUAACAAGAACAGUUUUAGUCUUGUCAACCAAAAUGUGUACAAUCCAUUCCAAACAUUUCAGUAUUGUUUUUGUCCUGAGAAUUAAAAUGU